ACCAACGCAGGACGGCAGCAGCUAUGGCUAAAAGCGAUGGAGGCGAUUACUUUAAAAGAACCAGCAUGUUUUGGAUCGUCAGCAUUACUCUGGCGGUCGGAUAUUUCACUUGCACCGUGUUUGCGCCAGAAAAAAUCCCAUUUCAGUACCUUGGCCCAUUUGGCACCUUCUGCAGAUACCUUGUGGAUAACCAUGCUGACACUCUGUACAAAGGGUGGUGGGCCGCCUUUGCUAUCCAUGUGUUUGAGGCCGUUGUUUCUUUGAAGGUGUGCAGUGACAAAGGUAUCAACAACACGGCCACUCGCUGCCUGUGGUUUGUCCAGACCUUUCUGUACGGCAUCACUUCCCUCGGCCUGCUCCUCAAGUACAACCCCGAGCGUCCCAAACAACACUGACACCAGCAGGAGGAGCCUGCAGAACAGCAGUGCAGAAGAUAAAUCCAGAAAAUCAAUCGCUUCCUUGUGCCUCUUCUUCUUCCACUGUCUCUCUCUUUGACAUGACAAAGUGAGCAUGUGGAGGACACAUCUGAGCCUUUUCUUUUAAACUGUUUCCUUUAACAUAAAAGGAUUGAAGUGAACUUGACACUACACAUUUUACUACCACGUUUAUACUGUGUUUCUAUGAUGGACAAUCAUCUCUAUUUCAUUCCAUUGAUCGAAAGCACAGCUGUGCCUAAUAAAUAAUAUAAUGAAGUUUUUAUUGAUAGUAAUAUAAACAGAAGUUCUGAUGAGAAGAAAGAGGAAUCUUUUCUGAAAUAGUUUUGUACUGUCAUGGUGUUUACAGUCAGCCUGGCUGUCGGCAGUAGGGAUAUAUCCUCAGCUGUUGAACAUAACGUCAGACAGGUUGGCCGCAGGUGGUACGCUGCAACCAGCCUCAAAAGUUCUCUAGGAUAAAAAUAAGGAGCUGCUGUGUGCAUUUUAAAUUCACAUUUGCUUUUCUUAUACUCAAGUGCUUUGAGUUUGGCUUUUUAAACUACAAAGUGGAAGUUCUCAAUGUUAAUGCUGCAAAAUAAAGACUU